GGGGCGAACAGGCAGAUGGAAAGUGGACAGCGGAAAGAAGGGUGAUGGUGAUUUACACGUGGAGAAAGCCGUCGGAUCCUCCAGUAUGUUGCCGACCCACACACGCCUACCUACAGGUUACGUUUCCGGUUUCCCCUUCGGUGUUUCUCCCCUUGGCUCCAGGCUGGUCAUUUAUCUUCGCCUCGGUCGGUCGGUCGGUCAGCCUUAUUCCAAUUGCUUGGUUCCCACCCCCCCCAGAUUCCUCCUCCCUGGUUUGAUUCCGAGAUUGACUUCCAUCAUUAUUUCUCAAUUGAGUGUGUUGUGUGGCCUGAUGACCGCCUGCUUUGCCACCAGAAAUUUCCCACUUUAAACAGAAACAGUGUGUAGCCUGCCGGGCACGGUCCUAUCGGUCAGGACCACAUCGUGACACUUUCUUCUACCUCAUUUUUGAACUCUAUUGCGGACUGGCAGUUUCUCCAGUCUCUCUCCCGUUGAUUCCGAACUUGAUUCUCCGUGUA